GUUUCACUAUGAAAGCGUUUUAUGUAGGCAGGCGCGACUACCGGCGUGUCCUGCAGCUGCAGGAAACAAUUUUUAAUGCAAUAAUCGCUCGACAGGUGAGCGUGCGCCGUGGAGAGAGUGCACUCCCGCUCUUGCCCGAUGUUACACUGCUGGUGGAGCACAGCGCACCUGUGUACACGGUGGGGCGGCGGGACACUGCGGAAGGCCUGCCGAAGCACAGCAGCGUGGACGUUGUCAAAACGAGGCGGGGCGGCGGCAUCACCUACCACGGCCCGGGCCAGCUGACUAUGUACCCCAUCGCCAAUAUCCAGCGGCUGUGGAAGGCGUGCGCCGCUCAAAAAGUGCGUUCUCCCAUCGAGUGGUUUAGUUGGGUGCUGGAGGAAGCCAUGAUGCAAUCCGCGGCGCACUUUGGCAUUCCAACGCACCGUUUCAAGACGGGUGUAUGGGCCGAGAAACACAACGACGUCCCGGCGCGGAAGUUAGGCGCCAUCGGGUUGCAACUAGGCAACUGGGUCUCUAUGCACGGUGCGGGUCUCAACGUGUCCAACGACCUACAUUACUUCGACGACAUCAUCAUGUGCGAGUUGCCGGGUCGCCACGCAACGUCGCUGUGCGAGGAGAUCGCGCAACGCGGUCUUCCCAAGACGUCAGCGGCGCAGGUGCAGCUAGUGGCGCCGCUUCUAUUCGAAAAGUUUGUCGAGAGCCUGCACCAACCGCCGGAUUUCGCAGCGUCAAAGUUGCACGACCUGUCAACGGAAGACACGUGGUACGACCAGGUUCUCAAGGCAUCUGGCGUUCGGCAGACCUAG